AUGGGUAGCGUAGGUGGGGGUCGCAGUCGACAAGUGUCGCAAUCACACGAAAGCCAUGGUUCGAGCUCUUCGCUGCAGUGGCAGAGGAAAAACUCCAACCAAGUUUGCUUUUGUGGGCUGAAGAUAGUGAUCAAGAAGUCUGGGAUAAGAGAAAAUCCUGAUAGAUUGUUCCAUGCUUGUCCAAGAUACCGGAAGGGCAGCCACUGCAAUUAUUUUAGGUGGGCUGAGGAUGACGAGUAUGAAGGAUUAGAGCACUUAGGAGAAGUUAAAACUGAUGCAGAAAUGGAGAGUGAUGCUGCUUUCUUGAACCAUAACAUAUCAUGGAGAAUGAUGACCUUAGAAGCUGAAGUAAAAGCACUUAGGAUGCAACUUGGGAAGUGA